ACUGGCAUGGCGGAAAUUUUGAAGAAGUAAACAGUGAAAUGAAUUCCUUAGCAAUUCUUGUUCAUGAUUAUAUGAGCUAUUUUGAAAGGUCAAAUAGGAACAAUGAAGGGUAAAAAGACAACAACUGUUUCAAAGAAAGGAAGGAAAAGGGCUCUCAAAGAGAAUGUUCAGGCUUCCACGAGUCUUCCACCUGAGGUUGAAGGUCAGUUACGAUGUUACUUGAGAGUUAGCGUGACAAAGAUCGUCUGGACAAUUUCAAACCAUCCAGAUGUUGUUCAUGUACGCCUUCGAUGGUGGGGUGAACUGUCAAAUGGCACUGUUUACAGGCCUUCUGAUGUGAAGAAUCCAAAGAAGUCAGCAGUGAGAUCCAUUGCAAGGUUUCCAGUAAGAUGUGGCCCCAAACAGUUUGCAGCAUAUUUGAAUGAUAUGGGAACGAUUAUUUUUGAGGUAUUACGUGGACAAACAAUGACACCAAUGGGAAAAGCUCAAAUCAAUGAAAUUGGACACCUGACCCCAACAAGACCAAUUAAUGGGUUCUUCACUGUGUUUUCCAAUAAGAAUGCAGAGAAAAUUGCAGAGCUUCAGGUGUCUCUUGUAUUUGAACCACUUCCAGCAACUUAUGAAAGUUCAAGCUCCAUCCCGACAACUGAUGUUAGUAUGAUGCCGAGAGAGGAGAGAAGACAGUCUGAAGUCAGCUUAGUCUCAAAGAGGAAAAACGUACCAAAACCAGAACCGAGGAAUUUUCACUACUCGGCUUCAAGCGAUGACCCCUUCUUAUCUCCAAAAAAGGAAACAAAGGUGUCUGAAACUAGAGCAGACUCUGCUCGGCACACUCCAAGAGGUAUCGACAGUGAUUACAGCUUUGUGAUUGGUCCAGGAUUUGCAGCUGAUAACCAAUCAAAUAACAAAGAUACAGCCAGUGAUGUUUCUAAAAUAGAUAAGCAAUUUGCUCAAUACAAGUCCCGGCAAGUGAAAAGAGAUCAUCUGGAGUCCAGUGUAUCAGGCACUGAUGCAGACAAACCUGCAACUGGGAGGCACAUUCCACUCAGUGUAUCAGACAUGGAUGCAGGCAACAAACAUCCAGCUAUGAGGCUUGAUCCACGGAAUGGGGCUGGCUCAGACGUCAUCACAAAUCUACUCCAGAGAGGUACCCAACUUAGAAAUGAUAUGAUUCAGGCAGAAUUGGACUCAUGGAAUGAACAAGCUCAUCUCAUAUCCAAACCUCAAGAAGAUUACUCAGACAGAAACAGACCGAGAUCUGGUGAGUUGCUACAAGAAAUCCUACAAGUAGAUACCACAAGCAAAACAAAUCAAGUAAGCAACAGCAUAAAGGGUCAAGAUAUAUUGAACCUUAACUCUGAUGAGGAAUCCAGCCAAUUAAAUGACCUAGAAACCAGGACAGUGGAGUUGGUACUUGGUGACAAGUUCCCACGUGAAAAGUUCAAAGUUCUCCAAAAAUUUCAGGAUGAUGUUAGUGUAGUCAGUUUAUCAUCCAACAGUGAUGAGGAUGUAAUGAGUGACCUCAGUGACCCAGUCCAUGAUGAGGCCAUUCUCGAGGAAUUAUUUUACAAACAUCCUGGAAGCAGCAGUAGUGAUGGAUUGAGUGACUUGCUGAGCAGCGAUGAUGAAAUGCCAGAUAGGAAUACCAGCAGGUCAAUAUCAAUCGAUGAUCCUGGCAACAUUCGGCCGCCAUCAAGGAAAUCCUCUAGAAACAGUAGUAGACGUGAAAGUUGCUCAACCCAAUUAGAUACUGAAAAAGAACCAAAUGCUGGUCAACGUUUGCAAAGUCUGAACGAUAACAAUGGUAUUGAUGAUAAUGAUGAUGAUACGCAAAGCUUGUCUGCUAGGUCAGAAGGCUCUAGAGUUUCAUUUGAUGACCUGAUCCAAGAACCAACUGAAAGACAAGGUUCUGAUGUAAUCGAAGGUCUGAGUGUAGAGAGGCUGACACUACUUGGCCGGGUCAACGUGGCAAGGGUCAGUGUAGAUGACAUGACUCUUAAUGAUGUAACACCUGCACAGGCAGCCACACCAAGUAGUACUAGCAAAGGUCAUAAAGUGAAAAGCCGACCUCCGAGACCAACACAGAAGCUAAGGCGGAAGAAGACCUACUUAGUGGAGUAUAAAUUUCCAGUAGUGGCAAGCUCAAGAGAUGGAGGGUCAAAGGUCACAACAGCUACAGAGGUUAUGAGGUUGGCUUCAAAGAAAGUAAAAGAAUCUGACGUGAGUUUUACACAUCGAUCCGUCUUCCCAGUAAGAUUUGAUGAAAUGGCAGUGAACAGGUGGUGGAACCAUCUCCUUGUCUUCAAAGUUUUUGCAAGAACAGCAGGACAGAGGACUCCUGACAUGCUGGGAGUUGCCAGUAUUCCUCUGCGGUCUGUCCUAGAGUCCCCUGCACUCAAUCUUCAAGUAGGUAUACCUGUCCGGGACAAGACUGAAAAGAAACAAGAUACAAGUAGAUGGUCCGGCUCAGAUGAAAAAAUAGACAAAGACGAUGGAAAAACAAUUGGCCAUUUGCAGAUCUCAGUUGAACUGGCGUCGGACAGUAAAGAUUUCAAGUUUGACAUGGCAAAGGUUAAUGUCGCCGAAAUGAAAGGUUCACAAGUUGUUGCCCUACCAUCCCAUAAGGAACCAACGCAAACUAUACCAAUACCUAAAAAUCAACCAGAUAAAAAGAAGGUGACCUCUGACACACAAAUCAGAUACAACAAUAUACCAAGGAAAAAGGAUUCCAGUCCAGUAUCCAAGAAAGAUGUUGCACCAGAUGAUGGAAGAGUGGAAGAGAAGAGUGGAGAACCACAGCAAGAGGACAUUCUUGUGAAGGAAUUCAAACAUGGUGUGACAUCAGACCAGAAGACACCAGUAAGGAUGCAGUCAGAGCUGAUGACCUUACAUUGUCUGCUACACAUUCCAUGUGGGAGGGGCUUGAAUUUGCAAGGUAUUCCUCCAACAAGUCUAGACACCAAGCCGCAGUCCCAUCCAAAACCCCAUCCCGGCACUGGAGUUGGAAUAGCAAGCUUUGGCCGGGAUAACAUUACUCGCAAUACUUACCUCAUCUGUCGAAUGUUCUCGUCCGACGAUGCUGUAAAAUCUAACGUCUGUUGGGGCACCACUGAACCAAACUAUGAUUUUUUACAGAUUGCACCGGUGCUUGUUACAUCCGCAUUACUGGAAAGAACUAGGAAUAAUUUUAUUAUAAUUGAAGUUUGGGACAAGAAAACCUCUGCUGAAAAUGACCAGCUUGUUGGAAUUGUUAAGGUGCCAGUUCAUCAGUUCUACAUGUCAUUCAGAGAUUCCAGAAUAUCAAACGUUCUGCUGAGGUCAAAGUUUCCAGUAGUCGCUGUUGAUAAUUAUCUGCCUAUAGUAAACCCCUUGACAGGGACUAGGUAUGGAGAACUCAAAGUACUCUUAUCACUUGGAUCACAAGGACAGAUUUCUGAAAUACAAAGAGUAAAAUUGGACAGUGUAGCGAGUGUGCCACUUGCUGAUAGACCAGAACAUUUUUUGGAAAGGGCUGAUGGUCUAACCAGUGAUGAUGCUUCAGGAACAAAUAAAAUGAGAGAGCAUGUGUUUGAGGUGAUCGUGGAAGGCAUUCGGGGAUUCCCACAAUUCCAGGACACUGUAUGGGGUGAAGCGGACUGCUUUGUGCAGUACCACUUCCCAACAUGCCCCCAGCAGGGUCAACAUGCCCCAGAUCAACCAAUCAAACAUCCUACACCAACCCUGAAGCCUCAUCGAACUGCUACAACCCUGUGCAUACCAGAUCCAAUGUUCCAUGAUAUCUGUAGGCACAGACUUAACAUUCCAGGAAACACACCUGUCCAGAGGGAGCUGCUCACAGCUUGUGCAGGUGUUGGUGGUGGCGCAGGUGGGAUCCCUUUUGAAGUGUGGUGUCGCUACUACUACCCUAAUAUUCGAGACCAAGUGUUGGCCAAGGCUACUCUCCCAUUGGCUAAGCUCUGUGCCAUGGUAACAAUGCAGAAGCGAGGGGAGACAUCAGUUCAGAGUUUCUCGCUACCACUCAGGCCCCAGCUACAGGAAGAUGAGCCUCAGGAUGUCGAGCAACGAGCAAAGAGUUUAAAUAUAUAUAUAUCUGUAUUAUUGGACAUCACGAUUAACUACAAGACAAGUGUCAUGAAAGAUCAGGCCCAGCACGGCUUAACCAAACCCAUAGGUUCACAAGUGUGUAUAGCCGUUGGCAUCAUCAGAGCUUGCGGUCUUAAGGCGGCUGCUAAAUCGGUUGCUAAGCAUGAUGCUGGUAUGCAGUAUCCUGGGGAUGUUGGUGUGAACUGUUAUGUGAAGAUGAUACUGUCAUUCCUGUCAAAAGAUGCAAUAAGAGUGACCCAGACAGUGGCACGUAACUUUGCACCGGAAUUUUCACAUUACGUGGACUUUCCAUGCCCCCUGCGGUUUAGUGAAGAUUCUGCAGUUGGUGGAAUGAGUUUAGCCGAAAUGCUUGAGACAGGGGAUAUCACCUUCCAAGUGUGGCAUCAAGUACCAGGAUUUAAACCAGAUCUUGAUGUUAAAGUCUUUGAAACAGGAACUGCUGGGAAGUCUGUCACAGCAAGAAGACUUUUUACAAGUUCUGGAGACAUUUUACUAGGAAGCUGCACGAUUCCUCUAAGACGACUCAUAACCAGUAAAACAGGAAUCAAGGGCUGGUAUCCACUGUAUGUUCCUCCUCUGGGCUGGGACAGUUCUAAAGCCAAACAACCCUUGCUACAGCAGGAACAAGAGAGGGCAGGAAGCAUGCAUUGUCCUACCGAUAGGGUAGGUGGAGGCCUAGAGGUUUUGAUCAAUCUAGCCCAUCAACAUGAUCGUGAACGGGUGAUCCAUGCUGCACACACCUUAGGCUGGGCCCCUGAUGAAUCAUUGCAUGAUGUAGAGGAACACCAGCAACAUGAUAGUGAUCAUGUGAUGAUGACAUCAGAUUUGGAAGUACAUGUGGAUAUUGCCGUGUUCCCGUCGUCAUGUGCUCUACGUGCUGGCCAGACACAGGUGGACCAACAAGCUAAGGCUUACAUUAGAUACAAGUUCUAUGAUAAAGCUGCUGUUGUAUCCAAGUUGACGUAUUUGGAUGAUCAAGAUAGUGAAUACAUUCAGGCAGACCUUCAGCAUGCUCACAGAUUUCGUUGUCACUCCACAGAGCCUUUCCACUGGUAUUUGAGAGAAGAACGUUUAGAAAUACAAUUGUGGUUGAGCUACAGUGAUACUACAACAAGUGAGACUCGGCCAAGGCAGCGGGAUAAGCUGAUUGGCUGUUCAUACCUCGACCUCUCACCCCUGUCUAGAGGAUUUAGAGACACUCAAAGAGUUAGUGGAAUGUAUCCAGUUUUCAAGCCAGGAGCAGCAUACCUAGGGGGCGCUUUUCUCCGGGUGCAUAUCACCAGGAAACAGAUGAGGAAACAUCAGCAUGACUUUAUUGAUGAUGAAGGAAGCAUACCAGAUGAAGAUGUAGGUGACAUCAGCAGAGAAAGACAAAGGUUGUGGAACAUCCCAGAUGAAGACGAUGUCUACAUCACCAGAAAAAGACAACAGUUGUGGAAAUUACAGCAGAAGGAGGAACAUGAAGAACAAGAAAGGCUGCAAAAAGAGGAAGCUGCAAGACUAGCAGAUAUUGAAAAGGAGAGGCAGAGAAUGGAAGAGGAGGAGAAAUGGAAAAGACGUCCGGUGCGAGUACAUGUUGUGGUAGAACAGGCCAUGCAUGUCGCAUGUAAUCCAGGUGUUAAUGGAUUAAAUAGAUUUUAUGUAUCCUAUCAAACAACCGAUGGUUCGGUGAAGUCUCCAUCUGUCUCUGGGUGUGAUAGGAUCAUUUGGGGAUUUGAAAACGAGGCCAAAGUAAAUAGGGAUGUUCUGGAGAACCAGAACCUAAUUUUCAAGAUAUGGCAGCAAACAUCUGAAGAGCCUAGCACUGCUAGUGAUCGUGUCUUGGGGUUUGUGUCAGUUGACCUUUGCCCUCUCUUGGCCGGUUUUAAGUUGAUUAACGGUUGGUACAACAUCAUGGAUUUCAGUGGGCAGUGUCAAGGGCAACUCAAGAUUGCUAUUUCACCUUUGGAAAGCAUCUCCCCGUUGAAGCAACCAACUGAGUCGCAACGAGGAAACACCACAUCUCCCAAAAAUGUAUCCACUAUUUUCACUUCAAGUAGCCAGUAUGCAGAGUUUCCUAGUCACUUAGUGCAAUAUACAGAACAAGCGAUACAGUCUCACAACUCAGAGCCAAUAAAUCCUAAUGUUGAUAAAGACGAGAGACAGAACAGCCGUCUACAGAGUCAUGGACAGUCACACUUUGAGCAGCAUCUGAGGAAUGUCCGGCAGUUCCAUGAGAACCUCCAGCAAAGACUCUCAUACCUGAAUGGAGGGGGGAUGAGUGGACCUGAGAGCAAGCAUCAACCUUCACCACAUAUUGGUGUCUUUGAACCAGACACAGCAACCUCAUUUAUGAUGAAUUCAAAGUCAUUCCUGAGAAGAAAUCUCAAAACAAACUUACAGCAGCUUGACAUUAUUCAAGAGAACUUAAGAAAAAAGCUUGAAAAAAAAGAUCACACUCAAUUAAUGGCAACAGAACUUGAAAGAAGAGAUGAUACUCAUUUAAUGCCUACUGAGCCUGAAAGUAGGGAUUACACUAAACUCACAGCUACAUCAAGAGUUCCAAAUGUUGAAGAUGAUAACCAGAGAAUAGAUACAACCAACUUUGAUCAAGGAAGUGGUGCAAAUGUGGGUAAUAUUGCAGAUACAUUCCCUGACGAUAGAUUGAUAAAUGUUGCUGAAGACUAUCGUGUGUUGGAAAGAGACAAACCAGAGAGGUUGUCAGCUGAUGAGAUGAUGACUGAAAAUGAAGAUGCAUCACUAAGAAUGCUUCCUAUUGGUGCAGAAGGGUUAAUACAUUCAGCAGUAAGGCAUCCUAUUGGUGCAGGAAGUUUGGUGGAUGUGGAACCACAAAUUAGAGACUCAUCCCAUAAAGACCUUUCAGAGAAUUUUGAACAAGAUCUUGAAGGAAUUAUCACACCACCUCUUGAUGUUAAAUAUGGUACACAUGAGAAUAUUGAAGACCUGUUACCUCCCAGGCCACCACCAGCUCAUUGGGAUCCUCCUCGACAGGAGAGUGAUAGUGAUUGGGAAGAUAGUUUGAACUUCAAAGACAUUGGAAGUGAUGUUGAGGAAGUGAUCCCCAGACCUCUCAAUGAUAUUUCAUCUCCAGAAUUUAGUAAUGGCAUAGUUCCUGAUGCUUCUGCAGAUUCUCCCAAUGUUCAGCAAUCAGUAGAGCAACGGCAGCAGUUACAAUGCAUACAAAAAGAGAAUCCUGAUGGAGACCACCAAGAAGAUUUUGGCAGUAGGAUACCAGAGGAUGUGAAUCAGGAUACAACAAUGCCAGACUCCAUUGAACAUGAAGUUGCCCUGCAAGAGAAUUUGACAUUUAAAGAAGAUCCGGCAACUAUUGAAAAUGAUGGUCAAAGUCUUGAGCGUGACUCAAGUUUUAUUGUUUUGUGUACUGACACAAAAACCAAACCAGACCACAUACAGGCAUUUGAUACAAAUAAUCACCAAGACCAUCCCAAUGGUCAAAUAAUUGAAAGACCAGAACCCAAUUUAGAGGAUAGCACCAAAGAUCACAAAGCAAAUAAUUAUUGUAGAGAGAUGGUAAGUGAUGUCAGGGAUUCUGAUGAGGAUUCUGUUGUCAUUACAAUGAACCCAGAAGAGGCUGUGGCACAAAAGGAUCAUUUUGAAGAAAAGCUGAAAAUUGAAGAUAAAGCAAAAGUGUUACAAAAACCAGUAGUAGUUCCCAACUUCUUUCUGCCACCUGAUGAUCUAGAAGCCUCAAUGAGGGCUCUAAGAACUGCUGCAUCAGUUCUACCUCCACGACAGCAACCAGCAUCAACAUCACAACUGCAGUCAGCACAGCGCCGAGACCAGCAUUUCUCACCAAUGAGGGCAGCAGCAGUAAAGGAAGUAGCAGAUCGGUUGCACCGACCUAGAACCCACAUCAGUCAACCAAGACCCAAGAUUCAGGCCAGACCACCAACAGCUGAAGAAGCAAAAAGGAUAGCAAGGAUAUUCUCUGCAAAGUACUCAACGUCAUGAUAAUGUGGUUCUACAGGUCUUAUAUUAUUUAUACAGUACUACAACACAAAGCCAGCAUCUUCUAGCCACCCUGCUAGCUUACAGCAAGUGAUAACUUUCCACAAGAUAACAAUUCCUUCGUAGAGGGCGAUAGUAGUGUUACUGUUUUUUUAAAAACUAAUACGCUUUAAUAUGUUACGUGGGGGUGCAGUCCAUGAGACAAUUAAGCAGUGGGUGCUCCCUAUGACGACAAUGGUGAAUUCCAUUGUUACUAGGGGAGUGACAUAUUUACACAUGGGACUACUUACUUUCCUUUCUAAAUCUACAUCCAAUAACAUUACCUCCCUGUUGGUACAGGAAUAAGCAUUCAGAAAUGGUAUCUUAUUUUUUUAAACAUUUCAAUAUUUUUUUUUAUAGAUAACUUGAAUUUAAAUAUUUAUUUUCCUUUAAAAUAUGUAUAAAUGCUUUAAUUGGUCUUAUAUACCAUUUAUUCAAUAGGAUUUAUUUGUAAUUUAAAACAAAAAUAUUUAUACAUAAAAUACUGUAUAUAAACAAAAUGUAGAGGUUGUAUUGAUAAUGUAUGAAUAAAUUAAACAGUAAACAUAUCAUUACCUGAUUGUUUUAUGGAAAGAACUUAGGCACAGUUUCAACCCUAUCAAAAAAAUCAAUUUAUAAAGCAACAUGUUCAGUGUUGCCAAUGUAUCUAAUGUUUUUCCACACAGCAUGCACGAAGACUGCAAGGAAUAUUGUUCUAUAUUCUUUAACGCGGCCGCUAUCACACCAUUUUAAAUUAGCAUUUAAACACCGUAAGGCGCGACAUUUAAUAUCUUGUUUUAAGGGGGGAGGACGAUGGGAAAAAAAAUUGUUUUAUUUAGCAAACAGUUUUUGACAAAAACAUGGAGACGGAGGAGAAAAUAAAAUUUUAUUGGAGAAUGAAAACUGUAGUAAUUGGAUGGUUAAAUGCUUUAAAUUUAUGUAAUUAGGAAGAAAUAUACAUAACUUUAUUUAUUUAAAAAACUUUUAUAUUUUUCUGAAAUUUUUAUUUUUUUUGUGGCAGUGGGUUUGGUAAUUGCCCAAAAAUAACUUUAUUUUUAUUCGAAACCACCAUUAUUGGCGGGUGGUUGGCUAAAAAAGCCUCACCUAAGAUUGUUUAUAAACAUGAAGCAGUACAAAAAAAUGAAUAAAUAACACAGGCAUCGUUAAAAUUGGUGUAGUGAUGUUUAUUAGCCUUAUUUUUGGAAUUUUGCAUUUAAAAAGUAUUUGUAAGUACUUAAGGCGUAGGCUGGUUUUAGUAGGGGACAUCUCCUGCCGAUAUAUACACAAACGGUACUGGGUAAAGUCAACUUGAUUUCUUGCUUCAAACAAGGCAUCCAUUCAUAGAAGUCAUAAGCCUAUCUGAGAGUGACUCUAGGGUGGUCAAGGCCAGGACUUUAAAUUUAACAAAGAUUGAAUUAUGUUAAUUAUAGAACAAGUAUACUUAAAAACUUAAUAAAUGUAUGUGUAAAUAGGAAAGAAACUCGGAGCCGCUGUCAUUAUUGCAUUAAUCGUCCGUGGUCACGGUGCUGACAGCACCAUAUAUGAAUGGUAUCUUGUUCGAAGCAAGAAAUCAAGUUGCCUUUACAUAGUGUAUUUAUCAGCAGGAAAUCUCCCCUACUACGUAUUGACUGGCAAGCCACCAAGCGUAGGAUUGCGGAAGGGGUUGCGGAACUAAAUAUUUUAGUAUUCUACCCCCUUUAGUGAAACUAAUUUGCUACCAUGGGGAGUACCCCUUCCCCCAGCCUACGCCCAUGGUGCAGCCAGCAACAUUGUCAAACAUUCAAUUGAAUACAUUUGCUGCAAACGUACGUGAUACAUGAUUAGAACCCUUAUUAUUUAUUAACUAUUUUUUCAAUCAAAUUUAACUACAGCUGAACCUCUGUGCGACCAACCUUUCUUAAGCUACCACUUGCCAAAAGCCCAUUUUGUUCCAAUUUAAUAACUGUAACACCUCCUGUAAGUCACCAUGACCACACAUACUGGUGGUCAAGACAUAGUUUUCCAGUAAACACAACUUUACCCAGAGAGUAAUAACAAAUAACACAAUGACUUCAUUUUAUUACUGCUAAUGUUAAACAUGUUAGUCUAUACCUGCUUUAUCUAGUCCACAUUAUAAAAUUUUCUUUAACAAAAAAAA